AUGCCUGCUCAAACAUUGGGAUUGAAGAUAAUGGAUGAAGAUCAAUUAAUGGAAGAAGUCUUGGAUAACUUUGUUAAUUGUCAUGAACAAACAUAUGAAGAAUCUUGGAGCACAUUUACUCAUCUUUCAAAAGAAGGCGUGAUUAAAAGAGGAGCAUUUGGAACUGAUUCUUCAGGAAAAAUAUUUACCUUAGUAAAAUUUACUCAUAAAAAUGAACCAGAUAACCACCAUCUUAGAAACACAACUGUAUUUCAUCAUACUUCAUCACAGGCAGGAAAGAUCAAGGUAGACAACUUCCUAGAUUUAGAAGAUAUGGACACGGAUGAAGAGAUUAAGCCCCAAAUGAACAAGGAUUUCCUGCUGCUUCCAGGAGAAGUGGAAGAGCAUGUAAGCACCAGUGUUUGUUCUUACAGCCCUUCUGUGGACCAGCCUCUCACUACUGAGGUAAAGCCAAAGCCCACUCCCACUGUGAAGGGAACACAGAAACAAACAGAGGAGGUUCUUGAUGAUGAAGUCCAGCCCUUCUCACCUGAUGAAGAAUUUGAUUAUGACGACAUGGCUCAAACCCCCAAGUUCACUGCUGAGGAGAUGGAGCCCAUCAGAGAGCUAUUGAAGGAAGAGAGAAAGAACACCAACACAGACUAUGACUGA